AUGAAAGAUGUCGAAAGUGAUGGUGUUCCUAAAACUCGUCAUUCAGGUCGACUUGAAGGUAAGGGAGGAGUCGGUUUAAAAGUAACCAUGCCAACUUAUGAAGAGUUACAAGUUGCACACUUAGUGGUCCUAAAACACAUGAAAUGUCUUACUCCAUACAUUGAUGAACACAUGGACAUGUUGAAGUCGAAAUACCCGGGCAAGGAACAAAUGUGGUACAUAAACAAUCAUAAUAAAGAGUUUUCAAGGUGGCUGAAAAAUAAGGUUAUAAAAAUGGAUGAGGUAAGACCAAUAACAAAAAAAAGAGGUCAACGUGGUAUUGCUGCAUUCAAGAAAAAUUAUCGACCUGAAGAGUAUAAUGUUAAAUUCAAUGAGAAUAAUAUCCCAAAUGGUGGCAUGUCAACCCAAUUUAUGUCUUGGUUUGGCAUGAAUGUUCAACAUAGGUUUCCGAUAGAUGAAGAUCCGGGUAAAGUUAAAGAUAAAUAUUUUGAAGAUUUAUGGUUGGAAGCUAAGCAAUGGAAUAUCGAGUCUGAUGACAUGAAAGAUUAUAUGAAGAGGAGAGCUGUUAAACUUGCAUCAAAUUUUAAAUCAAGGCUAGUUUCAAAAUUUGUAAAUAAUGAAUUAGAUGCAUGUGCUGUAUAUACCUUUAUACCUCGCGAUGUUUGGGAUAGAUUCGUUGCACAAAAAACUACCCCUGAGUUUUUGGCAAAAAGUGCAAAAGCUAAAAAAAAUAGUGCUAAAAAGAAAUCCCAAAACCACGUAGGACGAGGUGGAUGGCCGGGUCUUGAAAAAAAAGCACCUAUUAUAUGGCCUCAACUUGUAGCAAAAUAUGAGUUUCUAGAAAGCAUACAAAAUGAAAGGUCUAAGUUGUAUUUAAUGUCUUUCGCAAAAAAAGACAAAGAAACCAAGAUGUAUGAUCUUCCACAAACGGCAAUUGAAAAUUUCAAAUUUUUGGAACGAGAAGAGAAAAAUAUGAUAGCCGAUGGGAGCUAUUAUCAAAAUGAGGAAGACCCGUUAGUUAGGCUUUUGGGGCCCGAGCACGGGGGGCGAUCACGGACAGUAUCCAAUAUCAUUGGGCCUACCAAGGUUUCGGGUGGAUUGUUUAAAAAUGUGAAAAAAAGUCGAAAAUCGAUGCCGCGGGUCGACACGAAUCAAACAUUCCGUGAAUCUAAUGGUGUGUCCGAUGGACGAUUGGUAGAAUAUCCACCUAUUGAGGUUAUGACAGCAUGUGAUUUGCUAUUAAAAGUUGCUGAUACUGAGUUGAAAGUAGCUUCUGAAAUAUAUGAGAACUUGCCUGUGCAUGCCGUAACACAAACGGAUGAAGUUGAAUUUGUUAAACAUCUGCUUCAUAGCAUCGUUCAGUGGCCGAGAUAUGCAUUAAAGCUUGUGAACAAAACACCAAGCAAGUCAAAUAGUGGUACAAGAAUGGGCUCGAAUCACUCCUCUCCACAGAUACACGUUGAUGACACCACAACCUCAUUUUAUCGUCCACAGUUUGAGGAAAACCAAUUUCCUUAUCAUCAUCAAAUGGAUGCUAAUGAACCUUUUCAAGGUGGUUUGGUUGAUAUGAUAUUAUCUAUGAAUCCACAACAAAUUGAUUUAAAUGCACUCGGAUCUGGGCCCGGGCCUAGGCUAGAACGUGAACGCAAUCCCGAUCCUGAACUCGAACCCGAUUCCGAACCCGAACCCGAACCCGAACCCGAACCCGAACCCGAACCAGAACCAGAAUCCGAACCCGAAAUCGAACCAUUUACAUGCGUAGAUGAUGCUCUUUAUAUAUCCUUGAGCAAAGUACAACAAAAAAGUCCUAAAAUUCAAGCUAUUGCUUUUCAAGUAGCAGACUUUUUUAAGAAUGCACAUGGCACUUAUAUUUUUUCACCCAGAGGGAUGUAUCGCAACAAAGUUCGACUUCCCAUCCUAUAUAGCGAGGUGUUACAGUUAUUUCUAAGGGGUUGGCUUGAUUAUAGCAUUAUACAUUGGUUUGCGAUGUGUUUUUCUAGGUCUCCCAAUUCCGAAUGCGCUUUUUUUGAUCCGUUACGCAUUGCAAGAUUAGAUACGCAAAUAAGGUUUACGGCUGUCGCCGAACAUAUCGAAGAAGUAUUUUCGUAUCAUGAAAGCAAAAAAUAUUUUAUUGCUCCAUAUUUACAGGGUGACCAUUGGGUUCUUUUAAUCCUAUGUCCGAAUAGCAAAUCUGCUUAUAUUCUGGAUUCUUCAAAAAAUGAUGAAAAGAAAUCAGACGAAUACAUUUUUACUUCUUUGAUCAAUAGAAUUUUCCCAGGACAAUUUCAUAAGUGGGAAAUGUGCUAUAAACAAAAAGGUAGUUGGGAAUGUGGAUAUAUAGUGAUUAAACACAUGCAAGAGUUUGUUGAGACCAUUCAACAUGAUUUUCAAAAUAAAUUUUGGAAAAAGAAGAUGUUUGCUUCGCCUCAUAAACUUGAAGAUAUGGUCUUAGAAUUGAUACCGCAUUUGAUUGAAAUGGUGAAUGAUAGUCGGAAAAGAACUCAGUAA